AGGGUGGUCUAGGCUGCAUCGGCCAUCCGCAAACGCAUUAGCGCCAUCGUUGUGCAUAGGGGCAGCCAUGUUCCAAAACCUAGCCAUGCACCUGCCUUCGUACCAGGACGGCUCGAGCGCUACGUCUGCGGCCUUUCUGCACCCGGGACCACCAGUGUACGUGCCGGGCACCAGGCCGCUUGUACCCGUGCCGCACCAGUACAUGCAUCACCACCAGAUGUCGUCCAUGGGCGGUGUGGCGACGUCGUCGGCGUCUUCCCCCGCGGCCCCGUCGGUGGCGGUGAGCUCCAUGGCGGCGGCCUCCAUGCCCGCGGCGCCUGUGUCGCCUGCCGUGGCGCCCCCUCCUCCGACGUCGUCUCCGGCCAGGGGCCACCACCACCACCAUCACCACCACCACAACCCCGCGACGCCUCAGCCGCCGCCUCAUCAGCACUCGCCCUCGGCCGCCUCGGUGCAGGGCCACAGUGGCCACCUGGGCGGCGUGUGGGGACAAGCAGUGCGCGGGUCUCCCGACACGGCGGCCGCGGCGGCUGCAGCGGCAGCAGCGGCCGCGGCCCAGUACUCGAGCCCUUCGCCGGCGCAUGGGCACCUGGCGGCGCACCACGCGAGGUUUGCCUUCCAGGGUGCAUCGGGCGUGGCAGCGGCGUCAUGUCGUGAAGGCGCCUCCGCCUAUCUCAGCCGGGCGGCCAACGGUCUGGGUUCGUACGCCUACAUGGGCACCGAGGUGACGCCCUGGGUCGGCGUUGAGUCCAGCCUGUCCUCCAUCCAGGGCGCAGCAUCACCCUUCGCAAGAAUCACUGUUGAUAACUCGUCCGACUAUGCGGGGUUCGGUGAAGCCAGGGAGUGCGUCAACUGCGGUGCCAUCUCCACGCCCUUGUGGCGCAGAGAUGGCACCGGCCACUAUCUGUGCAACGCGUGCGGCCUGUACCACAAGAUGAAUGGCUCCACCAGAUCCCCUCAAAAACCACAACGGAGAAUGCUGCCGACUACUUCUCGUCGCGCUGGGCUGUGCUGCUCGAACUGUGGUACCACGGCCACUACCUUGUGGAGGCGAAACAACGAAGGUGAACCAGUCUGCAAUGCGUGUGGACUCUACUUCAAGCUUCACAAUAUAAACCGGCCUUUGGCAAUGCGAAAGGAGAGCAUCCAAACUCGCAAGCGCAAGCCCAAAGGCAAGAGCACCCCUGAUGGCAAAGGACCAAUCGGACCCGAGAACCUUUGCACUUCCUCCAAAGUGGAGAAGGAAGAGCCCUUGGCUUUACAAGUGACAUUUGGUCGUUGUGAAGAGGACUUCGCCAGUGCAGCACCAAGUCACGGUCCCCGGAUCUCAGAGCCAAAAGGAACAGAGGAAGAAGAUGCCCUGCAGCGACUGGCUUUGUGCUCGUCGACGCGCUCUCCAAGCAGCACCUCCUCCCGCUCCUCCCUGAGCAUCCUCCCGAUCCAGGACAGCAAAGGACCAUGGAAUGCCUACGACGACUACGAGGGAACCAGCCACAGCGAUGGUGGCACAGACAAGAACUCCGACUCUGCCCGCAUCACAGACCUGGCCUGAUGGCCGAAAAGUAGCCCUCCUGAGCGGAGCCGACACAUUGCUAGUGUCGUCUGGCUUGGGUCUUACAGAACCCUCCAACAACAUCCGGCAUAUGCCAACCCCGGUCAUCGUGCUGCUGCUAAGAACAAUGGAAGUCUUCGCGGCCGUGCUGUGCAUAAUUUGGGGCCCUGCAUCUCAACCACUCUCUCUCUUUUGGAAGAGUUUUAAAAUAUUUUUUUCUCACUUUUUCUCCUGUUUUAAAGCGUGGUGCAUUUUUGUAGCAGCACUUUCGUGGCGCUGACGCACUUGUGCGUGGUUGUGCAAGUCCGUGCAUCUGUGUGUGUGUAAUCGUGCAUGUUCCUGUGAGCAAGGGUAGCUGCCUAGCUGCUGCAACUGCCUCUUUAGUUGUAUUUUUUUUCUUUUGAUGCCUGUGUUCACUUUGCGUUCCUAGUUUGACAUAUGACCUUAGGGUGCAGUUUUGUAACGUUAACGUUACCACAUUGCACUGUAUAUCAUUCGGUUGUGGGAGCAUGUUUUUUGGAAGGCCCUUCCAAUGCAAAUGUAGUUAGCACUACAUAUAUAUAUAUACAUAUUAUAUAUAUACAUAGCGAUAUUUGCUACCAGUGGAUUAUAGUGUUAAGCGAUAGUGUGGAACAGCACAAAAUGUCCCCGCAAAUAGUGUUUACUCGCAGUUGUCUGCUGUUUUGUUGAAGGACAUUUUCCUCUUCGAGUGUGUGGCAUACACAUCAUGUCUACAGGCAGACUUUAGGACCCUUAUCAAGUUUUACAAAAAAAAAAAAAAAAAACGGUAACCGCUGCUGGCCAAGAAGAGUAGCAGUUUUUCCGAGUAGCUUUACAGUUUUGGAAAUUAAUCCGCAUAUCCCGGGAUGCUUUGCCUCUCGUCACUGAGCCUCAACACGAGAAGGUUGAUGGUAGCAUUCUCCCUUGACAAAAGCAGUCCGUGCAUUUUAUCGAGGUUUGAUGGCAAUUACUGAAGAAGCAUCUUCAGUCCAGGGGUGGUGCUGUGCUCGGUUCGGCUGUGUGGUGGAAUACAUGUGAGCUGAAAAGCGUUUGUGUAUACGGCAGUAGCCGUCGGUAGACAACGAGCCAUUUCGGCCAGCAUUUUCGGAAGCCUUGUCGUACGCAUCACAGGCAGCAGCGGGCGAUGUCACACGUAGUGUAGAACAUACAUUUUCUCUUGUCUGACUGCCUGCGUUGCUCCUUCCAACAUCCUUUUACGUUUCACUGAUGUUCUUUUUUCUUCUUUUUUGCACCGCCACCAGAACGUAUUCUCAACUGUGAUUUCAUGUGAAGAAAUAAAGAGACUGGUGGGAGCUUUGAGUACGCAGACCAAAGUGUCUGUCGAGAGCACGCUUUUGAGGAACAUAGCAGCUCUUUUUCCAGCACGUUGCACUGAUGCUGUCGGCAGCUGCCACUGGCGGUACUUGUUUUAAAUGACUUUCAUUGCAUAUUAUCUUUUUUUUUUCCUGCACCCUGAAGAGGUCCCGAAGACGGUUGUCUCAUGUAAUAACCAAAGCGACUCGUGAUGCACUGUAUCUCUCAAACUGUUUGUCGCGGGGAAGACUCUUCUUGGCGUGUUGUUUACAUUGUGUGCGUGCAAGUGUGUGUGUGGCCUUGCUGCCUUUGCAUGACAGCAAGGCGCGAAGCGAUGUGUUUUAAAAAGAUUUGUGGCAAGCAUAAUAACUGCCUUAUGCCUCGACGUGUUGCUAAGCUGACACAGGUAUGGGACAGAAUAGCCCUCAACUUUCACCCGUAGCUAUCGUGCACGAGCAAGUCAGGCCCAUAGCCUCAGAUGUCUACGAUACUAUGUACAACAUGCAUACAAUAACGUUUUCCUUUUUUUUCUUCGUGAGCCUAGAUCGUGAAACAAAGCCGUGUGUGUUUGCAUAAUUAUGACAUAAUGGAGGAUCGUCCUGUAGUGCAGCACAACACAGCUUCUCGGCACCAACCACACUGCAAAAGCGUGUUGUGACCUACACAUCCUCGCAUUUGUGCACUACUUUUUCUUGUGCGUUUUCUGAGCGUCUCAUAUUUUUUCAUCUCAUAUUUCCUUCUUCGCAUUGUAGUUACUACAAUUAUGAGCACCCUGCUCGGAAAAUACUCACACCUGGUUUCUUGUGAUAGCUCCAAGCUUUGUAGCAAAGAGAGAGAGAGAAAUAAAGUGUACUAGUACUAAAGUUAACUGCAACUUUGUUUUAUGUAUUAUUGUCACUCCAAAUGUACUUUAUUUAUCAGUACUUCUUGUAGCUAGGCUCGUGGUGAGUGCCUUUAUUUUGAGGCUGCUUGAAGAGCAUCUGUCCCUUUUGCUCGUCCCCCAUUAAUUUUCACUUUCCCUCAGAGGUUAAAUACAUCGACGUACCGCAGAGAUUUUUUUUCACAUUUUGCAUCUCAGAUGUGUGCUUUUUGUGUGGGACUGCACCAAACGCAUGACGUACUUGUAGCCUCAUCCUGCUUCUCUCUUGCGUACCUGCAACAUUGCUUCGUCUGUGUGUUGCUGUUCGGAAGUCACCCUUAGGUUGAUGGUUUUACUUUAGUUGCUGAGUAUAUUUAUAAUAAAACGUAUUAUUUCACGGUGAACACUU